AGUCGUCUCUCUCUUUUUCUACCGAAAACGGUAACAGGCAGCAGGCACUUUUCAGCAGCUGCUCCGUGCGUGCGUGUGUGUGUGCGAGAUCCGAACCGAUCUGUUCCGUUACCGUAGCCGUACCGUUAUCCUUCGCGAACUUCAAAGGAGACUCCUUCGCGCUGCUCUCGCCCAUCGUCCUUGAUUGUCAGUCAAGUCCAAUCGACGCCAAGCCGGAAUAAUGUCAUCCGCCGCGAAGAAACGUGAGGCGCAGAAGAAGAAGGAUGCGCGCAACAAAAAGAUCCAACAGAUACCCUCCACCAAGAAGGCCAAUGGUGUCCCGGAACGCGAACUGACCGAGGAGGAGAAGCUGUGCGCCAAGCUGGAGGAGGAGGCCCGAAUCAGUGCGGAGGCCCGAUCCUGCACCGGAUCGCUGGCGGUGCAUCCGCGUUCCCGUGACGUCAAGAUCGCCAACUUUUCGAUUACGUUCUUUGGCUCCGAGCUGCUGCAGGACACCAUGCUGGAGUUGAAUUGCGGGCGUCGCUACGGUCUGAUUGGCCUGAACGGAUGCGGCAAGUCUUCGCUGCUGGCCGUGCUUGGCGGCAGGGAAGUGCCCAUACCGCCGCACAUCGACAUCUUCCACUUGACGCGCGAAAUCCCGGCCAGCUCAAAGAGUGCGCUGCAGUGCGUCAUGGAGGUGGACGAGGAGCGCAUUAAGCUGGAGAAACUGGCCGAGGAGCUGGCCAUGAGCGAGGAGGACGAUGCUCAGGAGCAGCUAAUCGACAUCUACGAGCGACUGGACGAUAUGUCCGCCGAUCUGGCAGAGGUCAAGGCGGCCCGCAUCCUUCACGGUCUUGGCUUCGACAAGGCCAUGCAACAGAAACAGGCCAAGGACUUCUCAGGUGGUUGGCGUAUGCGUAUCGCCUUGGCCCGCGCUCUGUUUGUGAAGCCCCAUUUGCUGUUGCUGGACGAGCCGACGAAUCACUUGGAUCUGGACGCCUGUGUGUGGCUGGAGGAGGAGCUUAAGACAUACAAGCGCAUCCUGGUGCUCAUCUCGCAUUCGCAGGAUUUCCUCAACGGUGUCUGCACGAACAUCAUUCACCUGACGAGCAAGCGACUCAAGUACUACACGGGUAACUAUGAGGCCUUUGUGCGCACACGCAUGGAACUGCUGGAGAACCAGAUGAAGCAGUACAACUGGGAGCAGGACCAGAUUUCGCACAUGAAGAACUACAUUGCUCGAUUCGGUCACGGUUCCGCCAAGUUGGCGCGACAAGCGCAGUCCAAGGAGAAGACGCUGGCCAAGAUGGUGGCACAGGGACUCACCGAGAAGGUGUCCGACGACAAGGUUCUCAACUUUUACUUCCCAUCGUGCGGCAAGGUGCCGCCACCCGUGAUUAUGGUGCAGAAUGUGAAUUUCCGAUACAACGAUGAGACACCAUGGAUCUACAAGAAUCUGGAGUUCGGUAUCGAUCUAGACACACGUCUCGCUUUGGUUGGACCCAACGGAGCUGGCAAGUCGACGUUGCUGAAACUGCUUUAUGGCGAUCUGGUGCCCACCUCCGGCAUGAUCCGCAAGAACUCCCAUCUGCGCAUUGCCCGCUACCACCAGCAUCUGCACGAGCUGCUCGAUUUGGAUGCCAGUCCGCUGGAGUACAUGAUGCGUGCCUUCCCCGACGUCAAGGAGAAGGAGGAGAUGCGCAAGAUCAUUGGUCGCUACGGCCUCACUGGUCGCCAGCAGGUGUGUCCGAUCCGGCAGCUCUCCGAUGGCCAGCGGUGCCGCGUGGUGUUCGCCUGGCUGGCCUGGCAGGUGCCCCAUCUUCUGCUACUUGACGAACCUACCAAUCACUUGGACAUGGAGACGAUCGAUGCGCUCGCGGAUGCGAUCAACGAUUUCGAUGGCGGCAUGGUGCUAGUUAGUCACGAUUUCCGUCUGAUUAAUCAGGUGGCUGAGGAGAUUUGGGUAUGCGAAAAGGAGACGGUGACCAAGUGGAAGGGCGGCAUUUUGGACUACAAGGACCAUCUGAAGAACAAGAUCACCUCCGAGAACGAGAAGAAGGCCAAGGUGGGAAAGUAGAUAUAUCCCAUAUCCAGUGGAUAGAUAGCUGCCAACGGCCACACACCCGCACACACACAGUCGCGCACCCAAAACACCCAAACACACAACCAAACGCAUCCCCCAACCGAAAGGACAUUCAGACCACUAUCCCUUCUCUUCAAGAGGCGGCGGGCGACAUCCGGCUAUUGGGCUGCCCGUUCGUUGCAAUCCAUUCUGUGCGAAAUUAAGUUUUGAGUUUACUCUACGUUAUAGUGAAGUCACAAUUCGAUCGGCCAACCAGCAAAGCAAUCAACAAUAAAACUAGAACAGACCGAACACACCCAAUCCAAACCCAUCCAAUCACAACCAUGCGUAACACAACCGUUGACAACUCAACAGGAACACACAAAUUUUAGCUGAAUUUUUUUCUUUUUACGUUUCGAAUUAAAGUUAUAAAAUUAUAAAUAAAUACAAUUACGAAGGCAGAAAGAACUAUAACUUAUAAAUACAACCAACCAACUAUAUACAAAACUGCUUGUGAUCUUGCGCUUAUAUAAUUUCGUUUAAUUCUUCGCUAGGUUUCAUGUAAACAUAUAUAUAAAGAAAAAAGUGUACUUUAUUUUUUUGUAAUUUAUUUAAGCCCUAACUAUAUAUUUACAAAUUAAACAAUCUAAACUACAACAACAGA